AUGAAAGCAUUUAUGUACUACGACACUAACAAGCCAGUAAGUUGGUGGGAUGAGAUGACACAAAUGGUCAAAGCUUUCCUGAGUGAUAAGAGGUUUCUCAUAGUUCUAGAUGAUGCCCACUGUGUCUCUUGUUUUAAUGAAAUCAUAGCAGCAUUCCAAGACACAAUGAGUGGGAGGACAAUGAUUCUAACCACAUGUGAAAUGAGUUUGCUUUCAAAUCUCAAAUUGAGGAGUAUUCAUCAUGCAUGGCGAUUACGAGGAGAUGAUGAGAGUUGGGUAUUAUUUACUUAUGCCAUGAAGGUAAACAUACUAUUAGAACUACUAAAUCUGAGAAGUGAAAUUGUGAGAAAAUGUGGGGGGUUGCCAAUGGCAAUGGUAAAAUUGGCAGAUGUUUUGUCACAGAAGGAUGCAGCCAUUACGGAAUGGUCCAGUGUGCUCCAGCAGUUUAAUGGAGACCAUGACCUAUGGUCUAAUACCUUGAACAAGAUCAACGAGGAUUUGCCCUUGUAG